UCUCGGGACAGUUCCUAUCCGAUCGGAAAGUUGGGAUGUACGUUGAGGUCGAUAUGUUUGGUCUCCCGGUCGAUACAAAACGCAAAUUUCGAACCAAGACCCUGGUGAAUUCCCUCAAUCCGGUCUGGGAUGACGAGCCCUUUGUGUUCAGAAAGGUGGUGCUGCCAACUCUGGCCUCUCUGCGAGUUGCUGUGUUCGAGGAAGGAGGGAAAUUUCUCGGCCAUCGUGUCCUUCCAGUCUCUGCUAUUCGACCAGGCUAUCACUACAUCUGUUUGAGGAACGAGCUGAACCAACCCCUGCAGCUGCCCACACUGUUUGUUCACACCGAGGUGAAGGACUAUGUUCCAGACACACACGCAGGUGAGCGGCUCCCUAAACCCGAUAAAGGCAAGAUGCGUUUCCACAAGAUCGCCAACGUCAACAAAGCCCUGGACUACAUCGCCAGUAAGGGGGUCAAACUGGUCUCCAUUGGGGCAGAAGAAAUUGUGGAUGGGAAUUUGAAGAUGACGCUUGGGAUGAUCUGGACCAUCAUCCUCCGUUUCGCCAUCCAGGACAUUUCAGUGGAAGAAACCUCGGCCAAGGAGGGUCUACUGCUUUGGUGCCAGCGCAAGACGGCUCCAUAUCGGAAUGUGAACGUACAGAAUUUCCACAUCAGCUGGAAGGAUGGCCUCGCGCUGUGCGCUCUCAUCCACAGACACAGGCCUGACCUCAUCGACUACUCCAAGCUUAGAAAGGACGAUCCCAUCGGGAACCUAAACCAGGCCUUUGAGGUGGCUGAAAAAUACCUGGAUAUUCCCAAAAUGUUGGACGCUGAAGAUAUUGUGAACACUCCAAAACCCGACGAAAAAGCCAUUAUGACCUAUGUUUCUUGCUUCUAUCAUGCCUUCGCUGGAGCUGAGCAGGACAUUGCGAAUGCUUGGAAAGGUUUGGAACAAGUGGAGAAAGGUUACGAGGAGUGGCUCCUGACGGAGAUCCGACGGUUGGAAAGACUGGAUCACUUAGCGGAGAAGUUCAAACAGAAAUGUGCCCUUCAUGAAGGAUGGACAGCAGCCCCCAGCUCUGCGGCCGCCUGUUUGGGAUCACAGCGACCUGAUGCAUUGUGUCAGAGUGGGGUGCAAGGGGGCAUCCAGCAGAACUACAUCACGGUUGAGGAGCUGCGUCGGGAGCUGCCCCCGGAACAGGCGGAAUACUGUAUCUCCCGGAUGACGACCUACACUGGAGCGGACUCUGUGCCCGGAGCCCUGGAUUAUAUCUCCUUCUCCAGCGCGCUGUACGGAGAGAGUGACCUCUGAACGCCUCGCCCUCAAACCCUCUGCUCUCCACUCUGCCCACU